AUGGCUCAUCUUCUACAUGGAACAGCCUUCAUCACUGGAGCAGGCUCGGGCAUCGGAGCCGGCGUGGCUCGUAAAUUCAUUCAGAACGGAGUAUCCAAGCUAGCGUUGGUCGACAUCAAUUCUUCCAAUCUUCAGAACGUCUCCGAGUCGCUGAAACAAACAUCUCCUUAUGUGGAGCUGCUAACAGCAUCUGUUGACGUGACGAACGAAGCACAAGUCAACAAUGCCGUCCAGAAGGCCGCCACCAAGUUCGGUCGCGUGGAUAUUGGAGUUAAUUGUGCUGGAGUUGGUGACCCAGGAAAGCCCACACAUCAAUCAUCCCUAAGGGACUGGCAGCGGACAGUUGAUAUCAACCAGACGGGUGUGUGGAUGUCGCAGAGGGCACUUCUUCAGCAGAUGCUCGCUCAGACGUCGUGUGGUACUCGACGUGGUCGCGGGGUUAUUGUUAACGUCUGCUCCACGCUGGGCAUUACUGCCUCCGCUACGGGUAUACCUUUUCCUGCAUAUAUAUCUUCGAAACACGGUAAGCUUUCCAGAGAUGCCAAGUACUACGCCCCGAGUGGAAUCCGCAUAAAUGCCGUCUGCCCAGGGUUUGUGCAUACGCCAAUGAUAUCGGAUGCAGUAGACUCGGGAGUCUUUAAGAAAGAAGUAGAAAGUACACCAAUAGGGAGAGUAGCCGAUGUGGAGGAGAUCACGGACUCGAUUUUAUUCCUGGCCUCGCCUAUGAGCAGCUAUGUCUAUGGAGCAGGCCUAGUUGUUGACGGGGGAUAUGGGCUUUAG